CCGCGCCUGCGCCUCCAGGCGGCCGCGCAUCCUAGGCCCUCUCCAGUGCGCUCUGCUAGCUCUGCAGCUCUCGGCUCCUCUGUGCUUGGCUCCCCUCCGCUGAGCUCGGCCGGCUGUGCUCCAUCUGCUCUACUCCUUGCUCAGGCGCGGGCCGCCAUGAGGCUGCGGGGCCGCGGGCCGCGGGCCGCCCCCUCCUCCAGCUCAGGGGCAGGCGACGCGCGGCGGCUAGCCCCCCCGGGGCGGAACCCCUUCGUGCACGAGCUGCGACUGAGCGCCCUGCAGAAGGCCCAGGUGGCUUUCAUGACGUUGACGCUGUUCCCCAUCCGGCUCCUGUUCGCUGCUUUCAUGAUGCUGCUGGCCUGGCCCUUUGCACUCGUGGCUUCCCUGGGACCUCCUGAUAAGGAGCCAGAGCAGCCCCUGGCCUUAUGGAGGAAGGUUGUGGACUUCCUGCUCAAGGCCAUCAUGCGUACCAUGUGGUUUGCCGGCGGCUUCCACCGUGUGGCUGUGAAGGGGCGGCAGGCCCUGCCUACUGAGGCUGCUAUCCUCACCCUGGCUCCACAUUCCUCCUACUUUGAUGCCAUCCCCGUCACCAUGACCAUGUCCUCCAUUGUGAUGAAGGCGGAGAGCAGAGACAUCCCAAUCUGGGGAACUCUGAUAAGAUACAUCCGGCCCGUGUUCGUGUCCCGCUCUGACCAGGACUCUCGAAGGAAGACAGUGGAGGAGAUCAAGCGACGGGCACAGUCGAAUGGAAAGUGGCCUCAGAUAAUGAUUUUUCCAGAAGGAACAUGUACAAAUAGGACCUGCCUCAUUACCUUCAAACCUGGUGCGUUCAUUCCUGGAGUUCCUGUCCAACCCGUGGUGCUACGCUACCCAAACAAAUUGGACACCAUCACAUGGACGUGGCAAGGACCUGGAGCGUUGAAAAUCCUGUGGCUCACUCUGUGCCAGUUUCAAAACCAAGUGGAAAUUGAAUUUCUGCCUGUGUACUGUCCUUCUGAGGAGGAGAAGAGGAAUCCUGCCCUGUAUGCCAGCAAUGUGAGGCGUGUCAUGGCCAAGGCCCUGGGUGUCUCGGUAACUGACUACACAUUUGAGGACUGCCAGCUGGCUCUGGCAGAAGGACAACUUCGAUUGCCUGCUGACACCUGCCUGCUAGAGUUUGCCAGGCUUGUGAGGGGCCUCGGACUAAAACCAGAAAAUCUUGAAAAAGAUCUAGACAAAUAUUCAGAAAGUGCAAGGAUGAAGAGAGGAGAAAAGAUCAGGCUUCCAGAGUUUGCAGCCUACUUGGAAGUUCCUGUCUCAGAUACACUGGAAGACAUGUUCUCGCUUUUUGACGAGAGUGGUGGUGGUGAGAUUGACCUUCGUGAAUAUGUGGUCGCCUUGUCUGUGGUGUGCAGGCCAUCCCAGACCUUAGCCACCAUCCAGCUGGCAUUCAAGAUGUACGGAUCUCCUGAGGAUGGCAGCAUAGAUGAAACCAACCUGUCCUGCAUCCUCAAGACCGCACUGGGCGUGUCAGAAUUAACAGUGACUGACUUGUUCCAGGCUAUUGACCAAGAGGACAAGGGAAGAAUCACAUUUGAUGACUUCCGUGGGUUUGCGGAAAUGUACCCCGACUAUGCAGAGGACUACUUGUACCCUGAUCAGACACAUUUUGACAGCUGUGCACAGACACCCCCAGCACCAACUCCCAAUGGCUUCUGCAUUGACUUCAGCCCUGAGAACUCAGACUUUGGGAGAAUGAAUUCUUGUAAGAAAGCGGACUAGAAUGGAAGAUUCUGGAGGGAUGAGGCCCCUCCCCCAUCACCACCUGCCUCCAGUGGCCUGGAGCCUGAUUGUGUGUUUCGACUUCUACCUUUCCCUGUCUCUCUAUGUCUGCAGGCCUGAGGUCCAAAAGACUUGUGAUGUUAUUUGUUUUCUGUAAAGUCUGUCUCAGUGCCCAGCUGGGCAUUUGCAGGGAAGCUGUGUGUGUGUCCCAUCUGCCCAUUGCAGGCAGGCAGGCGGGUGGGUGCUCGGGGCCUCCCUGUGGGGCAGGACUCCACAGGCUGAGUGGGCACAGGUAUGGCUGUGUGCUCACCUAGAAUAUGCUGGUCUUGAGUUUGUGUCUGUCUUUCCCCUCUUUGUGCAGUGUGCACAAUGCAGGACCUCUGUGCGCACACUGCACAUACCCUCCCUGGAACAGUCAGUCACCUUGUCCUAAUUUAGUGCCUCUGCCGUCUCUGGCUCACGUGACGGGGCAUCAUCGGAUUCUAAGUGUUUCUGUGUUCAUGACUCUUUUAUAAACCUCACUUAAGUACUUUGAAAACAUUCAACCUUUUUUUAAAAAAA